UGCAUAUAAACCUGCAGCUGCUAACUCGCAGUCUGCAGAGCCUCUGAUCCACUGUGUCACAGCCAUGGCUUUCCACAGACUUCUCACUGCGCUGGUACUCAUCCACAGCACCGGAGGUUUGUUUGGGGCUGAGGUGAGGAGCGCCAUCGUCGGAGGGCAGGACGCUGCAAAGGGCAGCUGGCCGUGGAUGGUCCACCUAAACAUCACGUCUGAUGGUAUCAAAAAGUGGCGCUGUGGCGCCACUAUCCUCAACAGUGAGUGGUUGCUGACUGCUGCACACUGCUGGGAUCCUAAGCUUGACUAUAAUUUGCGUCGAUCGGGCGCUUGGGUAGGCGCACACAGCCUGCACAAGGGAGCUGAACGUUACAUGAGCAUACUUCAUGUCAUACGUCACGAUGGCUACCGAGCCGUGGGCAAAGGCUACGUGAACGACAUCGCUCUGCUGAAGCUGAAGAAAAAGAUUACAUUCUCAGCGAAUGUCGCCCCAUUGAGUCUGCCCAGCGUCGACGACACCUUCGAUUCAUCAUCUGAGUGUUGGAUCACUGGCUGGGGGAACGUUGGGACUAAUGCUCUACUGUCAGAUCCGGAAACCCUUCAGCAGGCGAAGAUUCCCAUCGUCCCUCAGCGUGUGUGUAAGGCGAGGUAUCCCGAGCUGACUUCUGACAUGAUGUGUGCAGGGGACAUGGCUGGAGGGAAGGACGCCUGCAAAGGCGAUUACGGCGGCCCGCUGGUGUGUCGUGCAGGCGGUGGCUUCGUGCAGGUGGGCAUCAUGAGCUAUGGGAGUCCCAACGGUUGUGGUCUCCCAGAACGCCCUGGCGUCUACACCCAGGUGUCCAAGCAACUGCGCUUCAUCGAGGACUUCAUCCACCGCAGCGAGGAAGCCUCGGCUGAGGUCUAAACCCCCAUGAAGCUGAAGAUGUCCAGUCUUCUCGCUUGACAGCCUGCCUAACUCUUUAUAGCUUCUCUCCUCCUGUUGAACUGUCUUUUACACUGGUUCAACAUCAACUCUGGUUUGGUCGACUAAAUCCUCUGCAUUAAAGCUUUUAAGCAUCA